AAGUAACUAUUUGGUUUUUAUCACACAAGAUUCUUCAUUGUUUAUAAAUUUUACGAAAUAAGUGAAAAAUAAAAACAAUGAGUUCUGUUCGUUCAUUUUCGCCUCAUCUCGGGCCUCAAGUCAGUUUGGACCGAUCCCACCACAACACCUCAACAGUUUUGGAGCAAAAGCGAAUUUUAAAUCGAAAACGAUACAAGGAUAGUUUGUUUUGGUUUGGUGUUAACUUGAUCCUGUUGGCUAUAAUCCUUUAUGACCUAUCCCAAACAUGCCCAAUGUACAUGAAUUAUUACCACUAUAUCGAAUACAGCUUCAUAAUAAUAUUGACCAUAAAUGUACUAUCAUAUUUUGUAAGAUUCCUAAAACACUAUUGCUCAACCACCAAUGAAAAUGAUGUAACUUUGGCGCAAAGAAUAGGAAACCAAAAUCCUGUCACAAAGUGCACUCCAACUCCAAUGAGCCCUGGUAACAAAACGCCUACAAGAUUAUCAUCCUAUCUGCUAAAUUCACCUUUAAAUAUGAGUAGGAAUCAGACACCUGGACAAAUUACACCUCUUAAUAUGAGUGCGGUUAGUUGGAGAUCUAAUGUGACGCCAAAUGAGAGUAUGGCAGUAAAUUAUUCUACUGAAUCUUCACCUUGGGGCUACCAAAAUGCUCCAAUUAAAUCCCGUAAUAAUACGCCCGCUUCAUCUCGCAAAUACGUACCUGAAGUGGAAAAAUUUGAUGAUGAAGAGGAUGAUCUUGAUCUGAUAAAUGAUUAUGAAACCACCGAAGAAAUAAACAAAACACCAAAUCGAUUUAACUUGUCAAAUAACAUUUUGAGUUCUUUUUGGACUCAUCCCAUGACUAAAGAUCCUAAAGAUUAUGCGGCAUAUGUGAAGAAGGGUGAAUAUCAGUUGUCAUCACCAUCUCCAAGUGCAAGUUCGCCCUCUAAAUCGGACGAUAAAUCUUCAGAAGCAUGGACGAGAAUCAACGUCAAUACUGUAGCCUUAACCCAUUGGAAUGAAAAUUUAAGAAUGUGGAUUUCCCAAACUAUUCUACAACGCCUUGUCAAAGAAUUUGAUGUCAUUGAUGCCGAAUUAGUAAAUCAUAACAUGAUAGAUGUGAAAAUUGGAGCUGUGGGACUUGAUAGGUUAAGAAAAACAGCCUCAAUGACUCAAAUACUGCACUUUAUACCAUCUCUAUUGACAGUAAUCCCGUUUCUGGAACUGCACCCCAAUCAAGAAUAUUUAGUAAUGAGAAUCAGAGAUUUAGCCAAAGGGGGAUGUAUGAGUGACUUUAGAUGGAACAGAGGUGGAAGUUUUAAUGGUAAACAAUGGGACGAUACUUUGCCUGCCGAUUGUAAUAUCGUCAUGCAUUUAUUAGCUACUUAUCUGGACACUCAACUACUGCCCUCACCUAAUAUGCCUGACAAAAAGGCUUUCAGCGGACGUUACUAUAUCAGAACAAUAGAUAGAGUUCCCGAAUUGAGUUCCAAUACUAUAUUCAUACAGGAAGUUAUACAGAAACCACCUCAUUACAGGGUGAUUGUUGGUGACAAGACUUAUGAGAUGGUUAAGGGAUACAACAACCUAUUCCACAGCAUCUUAUUCUUCAUCUACCAAGUGAACAAAUUGGAACAAGGCAUGUUAGGCAGAGUCAAUUUGGGAAGAGCUGGUCUCAACAUGUUGUGGAUCAUCGGAUUAAAUGAAUGAAAAUGUUUUGUCAUGUUUUUUCUAGUUUUUUUAAGUUUCAUCUAUUUUGUCAAACUUUAUUGUUCAUCAAUUCCAUCUAUUUGACUGAUAAAUAUUAGAAUGGAAAAUGGUCUGCGAAUUUUAGUAUAAUAGGUAGGUAUUAGGAAUAGUUUUUAGUGAAGGUCUUUGUUUUAAAUUAUUGCUCAUUAUGAAAAAAUUGAUAUUUGAUUUUAAUAUUAUUUGUAAAUUAGUUAAUACGUAUUUGUAAUAAUAAAAUGUAAGAUGUUUAAAUGGAAAUUUGGCAAUUAUUAAUUAAAAUUAGUGAAGAUAAGAGCAUUAAGCUUCCCCUAUUGUAUCAAACAAUCCACAAAAUGCAUCUGGUUUUUUUCAAUUAAAAACAAGUUUUAUUGUCAAAAGAUUUAAAAAAAAAACUUAUCCUCCAAUGGCUUGGUCAGGAAGCUCCCUCAAGAUUUUUGUGGAUAUACUAUCUGACCUGGCUGUGAACUAGAGAAUGGAUUUUACUUCAUGGAUAUUGGUGGGAAAAAAACAAAAAAGAUUCAUUGACAUGCAAGUUUCCAAUAUAACCUAAUGGAUCAACUUCCAAGUUGAUGGCUGCAUUAAGGUUAUCAGCGACAGUGCAAUAAAAGCUGUUCAAGUUUCCAGGAUCAAUGUAAAUUUCUUUGGUCUAAGUUUAUUUCUACCA